CCGAACUCUUCAUGUUUGAACCUAGUAGUCGGGCCAAAGUGGGAUCCCUCGCUGCAAGAACUACAGUCAAAAUCGAGGAAAUCAGAAACAAGGUUCUGAAGAAGCAUCACGCAUACCUGCAAAAAUUGGUGGUGCGGAAUGACGAAGAUGCUAGCUGGGUCUUUGACUUGGAAUCCGUCAUGCUCAUCACAGUUCGUAAGUCCCAACUGGUUGAGCUCGCAAUCGGGCUGGAUUCUCCGCAUCUUGUAAGUAUCACGGGUUGUUACGAGCUUCUCUCCAUCCAUUUCCCUGCAGAUAUGUGAUUGGCUAAUCACCUCUUUCUUAGCAUGUUUUAUUGCAGAGAAUCUCCCGACUGCGAUCCCUGAAUGCGUUGCAAAUCUUCUAUUACCAUCCCGAGAACUGCAACACCGUGCUCCGCGAACUGCGCCUGAACAUUAUUGACAAUAUUCUCCAAUGCCCCAAACUGCGUCUCCAGUACAUGGCAAUCUGCCAGUCGUCAAAUGGCCCGGUGAACAACACCGUGACACGGUUGACGAGAACCCAGCUUAGAGUCCCUCGGUCUCGCAAAGCUCAACGGAUGCAGUUGGCGAUCAAUUCAGCUUCUGCGUCUAGGUCCAGCUCCGGCAGUACGGGGAGAAGCACAUCCAACACCCGCCUUGAUGCCCGUGCUAGCCUCCAGCAGACAUUCUCACCGGAUCCCCCUCUUUCCUCGGCUUUAGCCCAUGAGGACACCGAAGACGAUUCGGAUCAUGUUGAGAAGAUUUUUGUGCACGUCACCUCUAAUCUGAGACUGCACGACAUCACUGGAGUCAAGAUGUGGGAUCAGGAGGCCUGGUCUGUGAAGCUCUGAGUGUUCUCUCAUGAUAAACAUCGAAAUGGGAAUGCCGUUUUGCCAACUUUCUAGUUGCCCUAAUGCGUUUUGUUGCCUCUGGUUUCUCACCUCUUUCUGAAGCUCGAGUGUGGCCAAAUCUGCCCAUUGACAUGACCAUGUGCAUCUAACCCCCAACCAGACUGAGUUCUACAAUCCAAAUCGGUCUGAGGAUCAGUUACCUUUGCUUGU